GAAACGGCGAUCCAGGCGCCAGGGUGGUAAGUGCGCCCGGGCUGUGUGUGUAGGCAGCAGCGCCAGAGGAAGAGGAGCACGAGGAUGCAGCUGCUACCGCGGCCCCAAGAGGGAGCAGCCACUGUUCUGUGGUCGUGGGGCCCAAAAUUUUGGAAUUAAGCCUGGGGGUCCUGUUGCUGAGAGGACUGGGGCAGACGAUGCUGCCAGAAGCGCGGGCCUCGUAUCCGGGAGAGUUCGGUUCGCUGGGCGAAGGCCUGCUGCCUUUGCUUCUUCCUGGCCCUCUAAGUGGAUGGUGUUGAAGUUGGUGGCUGCCUGGCGCACAAGCACCGGGCUGCUUCUCUUGCACCCAGCGCUUCUCUGGCCCUGCUUGGACAGCUGCGACGCCGCCUCCUCUCGCCCGCGGAUCCCACCCUCAGCGGCGGGGGAGGGGGAAAGUUUUCCCCUCCGCAGGGGCUGUGUGGUGCAGAGCGACAACAAGAGCAUUGGAGAGUAGAGAUGCAACAUGACCAAAUGUCUCACAAUCCUGCUUCCAUAUCUUCACUGCCAUGAUGGACUGUAUCCAUUCAAACUGAAACAGGAUUUGAAAUGAGAUUUCAAUUCUGUGCACACACCUUCUCCUAUGAUGUGGCCUUCUAGUGGCCUAAGUGUUUCCAUAGUCCAUGAAGAAAACAUGGGUAAACAGUCUAAUGACUCACAUCCAAAGAGGCAAGGUUUAUAAAUGAACAUAUGUCCUAUGAAAGAGAAAGAGGAGUUAUGGAAGAUUCAGGGUCUCCCUCUGUUGCCUAUGGGGAGGGAUAUCUCUCCCAAGGCUCAAGGGAACCUUCUGUCUUGGCCUCCUGAAUUAGUACAACUUGAGAGACUGCUCACAUCUGAACCUACAAAAACAAACAGACAAACUCUUGCACCAUUACUACCCCAGCAUUUUACUCUAGAGGAAUGCCACUGUACAUGGAUUCCAAGGAUUCCAAGCAGGUUAAAAAGAAAAAGAGCUGAUUAGAUCUGAGUACCCAGUGACCGGGAUGACGGCCACAGCUGCAGUGGAGACACCGAAAAUGGAGAAGAGUGCUUCCAAGGAGGAGAAGCAGCAGCCAAAGCAGGAGGACAGCACACACCGAGGCGAUGCUGAAUCUGGAGAAUGGAUGAGCUCUGAGACUGACCCUCAACAAAUGAGCUCUAAGAGUGGCCCCAACAGCUACCAGUCGGCAGAUACUCAGCUGAAAAAGAAAGAGGUACCCUCCAAGCCACAUCGCCAGCUCUGUCGGUCACCCUGCCUGGACAGGCCAAGCUUCUCCCAGAGCAGCAGUUUACAGGAUGGGAAGCUAGACUUGGAAAAGGAAUACCAAGCCAAGAUGGACUUCGCGCUAAAGCUGGGCUAUGCAGAAGAACAAAUCCAAUCAGUGCUUAAUAAACUAGGCCCAGAGUCACUUAUUAAUGAUGUAUUGGCAGAACUUGUGAGACUUGGAAACAAAGGUGAUUCAGAAGGUCAAGUCAACUUGAGCCUGUUAUUGCCCCGUGGGGCUAGCUCCAGAGAGAUUGCAAGCCCUGAAUUGUCUCUUGAAGAUGAAAUAGACAAUAGUAAUAAUUUAAGACCAGUUGUUAUUGAUGGAAGUAAUGUGGCAAUGAGCCAUGGGAAUAAAGAAGAAUUCUCCUGCAGAGGAAUACAACUUGCUGUGGAUUGGUUUCUAGACAAAGGCCACAAAGAUAUCACUGUGUUUGUACCAGCAUGGAGAAAGGAGCAAUCUCGCCCUGAUGCACCAAUUACAGAUCAAGAUAUUCUACGUAAACUGGAGAAGGAAAAGAUUCUCGUCUUCACACCAUCCCGAAGGGUCCAAGGCAGAAGGGUGGUCUGCUAUGAUGACCGGUUCAUAGUCAAAUUGGCUUUUGAUUCUGAUGGCAUCAUUGUGUCCAAUGAUAACUACCGAGACCUUCAAGUUGAAAAGCCAGAAUGGAAGAAGUUUAUAGAGGAGCGGUUGCUGAUGUAUUCUUUUGUGAAUGAUAAAUUUAUGCCUCCGGAUGAUCCUUUAGGACGCCAUGGUCCAAGCCUUGAGAAUUUCUUAAGAAAGAGACCUGUUGUUCCUGAGCAUAAAAAGCAGCCAUGUCCUUAUGGCAAAAAAUGCACCUACGGCCACAAGUGCAAAUACUAUCAUCCGGAGCGGGCCAACCAACCCCAGCGUUCGGUGGCUGAUGAGCUCCGCAUCAGUGCCAAACUGUCCACAGUGAAAAUAAUGAGCGAAGACACCCUGGCCAAAUGUAGCACAGGGAUGUCUACUGUCAAAGGUGAGAUAACCUCAGAGGUCAAACGUGUGGCCUCCAAGCGCCAAUCAGACCCCAGCAUUCGAUCUGUGCCAGUGGAGCCUGAGGAGUGGCUAUCCAUUGCGCGUAAACCUGAGGCCAGCUCUGUCCCUUCACUUGUGACCGCUUUAAGUGUUCCUACAAUCCCUCCCCCAAAAAGCCAUGCAGUGGGUGCACUCAACACCCGUUCAGCCAGCAGCCCAGUUCCAGGAUCCUCCCAUUUUCCCCAUCAAAAGGCCUCUUUGGAGCACAUGGUCAGCAUGCAAUACCCUCCUAUCCUGGUUACCAACAGCCAUGGCACCCCUAUUAACUAUACCGAGCAAUAUCCAAAGUUUGAGACCAUGGGGGACCAUGACUACUAUUCAAUGUUAAGUGACUUCUCCAAACUGAGCAUCAACAGCAUGCACAAUCAUGAGUAUUACAUGGCUGAAGCAAACCAGGGGGUAUAUGUUCGGAAUCCCAGCCUAUGUGCCGACAGUCACAUGAGCCAUACCAGGAAUGACAACUAUUCCUCUUACAAUAACUUGUACUUGGCUGUAGCUGAUGCCCAUCCUGAAGGCACUUUGAAGCUGCACCGCUCAGCGUCUCAUAACCAUCUUCAGCCUUUUUCCCAUGGUUACCAUGAAGCCUUAGCAAGAGUGCAAAGUUAUGGUUCAGAAGAUUCCAAGCAAGCGCCCCACAAGCAGUCAGUCCCUCACUUAGCUGUACAUACACAGAACCCAGCAACUGGAGCACACUCCAGCUGUCCUGGAGACUACACCAUGCCUCCCAGUAUUCAUCCUUUGGGACCCUCACAGCCAGGCCGUGCUCUGGUGAUGACUCGGAUGGACAGCAUUUCUGACUCCCGCCUCUAUGACAGCAACCCCAUGAGGCAAAGGCGGCCUCCUCUGUGCAGGGAACAGCAUGCUAGCUGGGACCCAUUGCCUUGUACAGCCGACUCCUAUGGAUACCACUCCUAUCCGUUAGGUAACAGCCUCAUGCAACCAUGUUAUGAACCAGUCAUGGUAAGGAGCAUGCCUGAAAAAAUGGAGCAGCUUUGGAGGAAUCCUUGGGUUGGAAUGUGCGAUGAUUCCAGGGAGCAUAUGAUACCAGAGCACCAAUAUCAGACGUACAAGAACCUCUGCAACAUCUUCCCUUCUAACAUUGUUCUCGCAGUGAUGGAGAAGAAUCCUCACACAGCAGAUGCUCAGCAACUGGCAGCCUUGAUUGUUGCCAAGCUUAGGGCUGCACGUUGACAUGACAUAGAACGUAUUCCGUUCCAUAAAUAUGAAUACUAUUAACACAUUAAUACUAUAAUUCUAGUAAUAAUUUGUGUUGUGCUUUUAAAAUUACAGAGUAUUUUUAUCAUUUAAGUACAUAACAACUCUGUGAGGUACAUCUUGGUAACAUCUAAUUUUAUAGAGAAGGAAACGAAGCUUGAUGUUAACAAAUGUCAAGACACACACCUAAGUUGUCUGGCCCAAUUCCCCAGGCCCUCUUCUACUGAAGUGUGGAGGUAACGGAGGACAAAACCCAUGAGGCCUAAAUGCAAGAAACCCCAAGGGAUUUCAUUAGCAUUGUUUUCUUUUUUAGGAUUUUUGUUUUUUGUUUUGUUUUGUUUUGUUUUGUUUUUGAGACAGGGUCUCUCCUGGUAGUCCUGGUUUUUUCCUGAAACUCGCUAUGUUGACCAGACUGGCCUUGAGCUCAGAGAUCCACCUGCCUCUGCCUGCAGAGUGCUGGGAUUGAAGGCAUGUGCCACCACACCCAGCUACCAUACUUUUUAAGUCACACAUCCCAUAUUAUAAAGUAUGGACCAUCUGUCCAAUUUAGAGAGCAAAUACAUGAUGAACAAAUUGUACUGUAAAUUAACCUUUUAAGGGUUUUUAAAAUAGAGAUAUUUAAAACUAAAAGUAAACAGAUUUUAUUGCAUGGGUAGCUGGUCAUUCAAUAUCUUUAAUCAAAUAUAGGGUCACAUUGAAGCUUCUAGAUAUAGUUGAACCCUCCUCUUAAAAAUUCUACUGCAUGUAUAAAUUUAUAUAUUUGGUUUGAGAUGUGUUUGUAUCUCUGGUAUCAACUUUUCUAUAGUGACAAUGAGAUGGUAAGCUCUAUACAGUCUAUAGUUUACACCUGUAUAGAUCACAAAUACAACUUGAUUUUGUCACAUUUUGUAGUUUCCAUUAGAUUCGAAAGUGAAAUCACCUGGCAGUAUUGAAACUUUGCUUUCUUAUGCACCAGAGUAAAGCAGCUGUACUUCUUUUACAUAUUUUACUUGACCAUGUUUAUUAACCACUCCUAGCUUUUAAGUCUUUUCACCUUAUCAAGUUAGGGGUCAAGUUGAAGCUUUCUGUAGAGGAGCUUCUCUAUAAGCUCAUGUUCAACACUUAGUAUGUAUAUGAUACACGAAUCCUAAAGAGCUGGACCAGGAUGAUGGGACUUACUAGCAGAAAUCUACUUCCCUUAUCCCAGGAGGGACAGCACUGAGUGAUAAUGAUGGUUGAAACUCCUGACCAAUUCAACAUUACAGCACAAAGUAUAGUGAAAGAGAGUGCAUAGCCAUGCAAUCCACUCUCUCCUGCUGUCCACCCUUUGAGCAAUAAGAGCAGUAAUUGGCAGAGCAGAAUCUCUUUAGGAAACAAAACCAGGGUAUUUUCUAGGUGUUUAAAAAAUCAGUUUCCAUGGAGGAAGUGUUCUGUUAUGCACUUCAAAUCCACACAAAGAGGGUGCACCGAGUAUUAGAUCGUAGUAAGAUGCAUUGUUAAAGAAGGUAUGACUUUAGUGUCAGGCAGUACCAUUUGCACAACUGGAAUCUUACUCUGGGCAGAAUCACUUGUAGCUACAUGCCUCUAGAAGGGGAAUUUAUUGUUUAUUUUUAAAGAUGCACUAAAUGAGCCCUGCUUUCUGAAUCCAUUGUAUAUUUCAACAUUUUGAACCAUGACCAGCACACAAUUUCUGAGCCUGGCAUUUCCUAACUUCUACAGUCCUUUUUCAUGAGAGUUGAGAAGGCCUGGCCUUGGCCUUUUGUUUCUUCAUGAGAAGGUGUAAUACCUGCCUAUAAAUGUUUCUUACUGUGAAACACUCUGAAUGUGAGGCUGCAGUCAGGGUUGUUUCUGGUGGUUUGAUAAUGGCUUACACGCUGCUUUCCAGCUUUCUCUCUCUGUGAAAGUUGACGAAUAGUAGUACAUCUUAACCAAUAUUCACUUAGCCACAAAUUUACAUUUAUCUCAUUCUGCCCUCUAAUUGUCUCAUUCCCCAGUAUACUGAUGAAGUGUAACAAUAUUUUCUAUCAAAUAGGUCCAUACGAACUCACAAUUGCCACUGCAGUGCUUGCUAUCUCACACAAGCAUCACUUUAUACUUUGAAUU